GAUUAUCGUAGCUAGGUUUUGCAUCGAACGAAGACAUCGCUUCCGCCGUAGGAACCGUAGCUCUAAGUCGCGUCGGUAGAAUAUAAAUUAAACUAGCUUAAACUAAGUUAAGUUAGUUCUAAGGCCCGCGUAUACAAUUGUCAGUCCUCUACCAAAUAAUUAUUAAUCAAGUUCGUUUGGUGGUUCAUAGGUCCAUAUUGGAAUCGUAAUUUCGAUAAAAAUUAAUUCUGCGCAGCCGUCAAUCGGUUUGGCGCGUGUGACCAAGCGCGUGCCGUAAAGGUGGAGAGGUAACGGGACCUAAUGACUUUCCCCUUAAACCGCACGAAUUCGUGUAUCCAGGUAUACCUUUUCUGCAUGUUGUAUGAUAUAAAUUUAUUUAUUGCACUUUACAGGCGUAUAGCUCUCAUAGAAGAGAUUUGACAUCGUUCGCUUUAGCGCCGCUUUCUUUAUUGGUACCUUCGGACAACGUCAUUGCGUAACAAGGGACCUGCUUCCGGCGACGAUUAGAUAGCGGCGAGACCAAAAAGACACGGAAAGAAACCAGUUUUUAAGGAGUGUCAUUAAGGGAAACACCGCUGUUUCGACCUCAGUGUCAAGAGUAAUUUACGGUUAUUCGAAUGGUGACAUCGUUACGUUGACGUCGAAUCCUGAGUCGUAUAUUUUCGGAAGACGACACCUGUGAUUUUGUUCGACGAGUACCUCGAGUAGCAUCUGUUUCUUCAUUACGCCAGUGUAUGCCCUUAAUGGGAGUCAAGGUCUUUGUACAGCCGCUGCAGAUCAAUAUGUAAUACACAAUGUACGCACGAGCGUCAUGCAAGGUCUCUUCAAGAUAAAAGACGCGAAACGAUGGCCCUGUAGCGAUUAAAGCAGUUGACGUUUGCAGGCUCGUUUAGAGGCCAAAUCUCGAGCAUUCGUGUACGACAGAUGUUCCAAAUUAUUAAGCAUUGAUUCAGUUUUCACUAGGCCCAACCCUAACCGUUGGAAUCGUUCUCUUAAAAACCUUCGACAUCGAUUACAUAUCCGUGAACGAGUACGCGAAGGACUAAAUUGUUAUAAUCUUCUAUUUAUACGCGACAUCGACCAUGGAGUUCUGUCAAAGGUGACGGAAAGCCCCUGAAAAUUUAUCUAUAUCCAUCGUUAACAGCGUAGAAGGACGUUUAUUGUUACCUUGGUCGUUAUCGCCCUGUUAUCGUGGCGCAUAACAAAGAAACUCACGAAAGACAAUUUUAACACCCUUGUAAAAGCGUUUCGUCUAAUCAAUUCGGUCGUUAAGAUUAAAAGGGUACAUUCAUUACCUCCGGGCUCGAUAAAUUGCCGCGCCGUUUCGCGGGAAACAUUAAUCAUCCUCAGAACACUUAGCCACCGAACAAUUACAAAUGAAAUUACCGAUCGACUGUAAAUGUAACCUUUCAAGGAAUUCACGAACGAUCUUACCUCGCGAAAUAGGAACACGACCUUCGUGAAAAUACGUUCGUUUUCCUUAUUUUUUCCUACGUAAAACUGUAUUGCAAAACACGUCGCAAAUUUCCUGUAAAAAGAUAAUCGAGAAUAAGCUUGAGCUACCCGCAUACGCGCACGAUAAUAACCUUAUCCGUUACGUACCAUAUCAAUUAGCAAAAUGUGUUGCUCGCUAUGAUUUAUAACCACUGCACAGUUUUAAAAUGUAUCAACCUAUCGUACCAAGACUGUUGGAAUGCGAUACGAAUAUCUAUCGCGUCUCGUGAAAACUACACGAAGGGUUCUAGGUGUUCGGGAUACAUGGAGCGACCAUCAAAAAACCGACGGUGCUAAACAGAGCGUCCAACCAAUCGGAAACACCACGUUCCAUCCAUGCGAAGAAAUCUCGUCAACUCUGAAAAGGUGAUCGCGACUCCAUUGUCGGCCGACGUCCCGAUCCAGAUGCAACGUUAUCGCUCAUCCUCGACGAGGGUCUUCGACGCACGUUCGUUGGGCCGAUUUCAUUGAUCGUGCGGUGCGUUCCCAUCGGGAGGCCCCGGUGCACAUUUAUUGUCAUCGGGAUCGCUAACGCGCGAUGCCCUUUUACGCGAAGCGCAGGGAAAAAAAGAAUAAAGGAAUAGAAAAAACGGAAACGAGAAAUCACCGAACAAUACCCGGAGCCAGAUAACAGCACCAAGCGCUGACGAGCACGUAGGUGGGGAACACGAGACACACGAUGUGGAAUAAAUAGUGGCCUGAAAUCGAGCGGAAUUCAGUCGCACCGCUGUUGUACUAUCGUCGUUGGCGUUCAUUCACGAGGAACUCGUCAGAGGUCAUCGUGAAAUCGGUCGAUCCCACGCACCGUCAGGAGUAGAACGAUAAGUACCAGCAAGCGACCUGUUCACGUUACAUCGUCGAAAGACUACCACGAGAGUUACCAGUGCCGACUGCCUUCGAUUCAUGGUCCUGACAGCCCAGUCUGAGAAUGAUACCGUUUCUGUUGCCCCUGCUGCUGGCCCCUGUACUCCUGGCCGACGGAUUCUUUUUCGGCUUCAGACCGGUCACCCCCAAAGAUGAGGACAGAAGGGGGUUCGACGUUUAUUGGAACGUGCCCACCUUCAUGUGCCACAAAUAUGGGAUGCGCUUCGAGGAGGUGUCCCAGAAGUAUGGGAUCCUCCAGAACGCGAUGGACGAGUUCCGAGGGGGACGGAUAGCGAUCCUCUACGAUCCUGGGAUGUUCCCAGCGUUGCUGAAGGACUCGAACGGAGCAGUUGUGGCAAGGAAUGGCGGCGUUCCACAAGAAGGCAACCUCACCAAGCAUCUGGAAGUAUUUCGCGAGCACUUGAUCAAUCAAAUACCCGACCAAUCGUUUCGUGGUAUCGGGGUGAUCGACUUCGAGAGCUGGAGGCCAAUAUUCCGGCAAAAUUGGGCUUCCCUCCAACCGUACAAGGAUUUCUCCAUGGAGAUAGUUCGCAGGGAGCAUCCAUUCUGGGACAGUAGGAGCGUCGAGCAGGAAGCAAAGCGGAGCUUUGAGAAGUACGGAAAACUUUUCAUGGAGGAAACAUUGAAAGUUGCCAAGGAGACCAGGCCGGCUGCCAGUUGGGGCUACUACGCCUAUCCCUAUUGCUACAAUCUGACACCGAACCAACCCAGUGCGCAGUGCGAUAAAACGACAGUGCUGGAGAAUGAUAAGAUGUCAUGGUUGUUCGGGCUCGAGGAUGUUCUCUUGCCUUCGGUGUACUUGAGGUGGAGCCUGACCAGCAGCCAACGAGUGGGCCUCGUCAGCGGUAGGGUGAAGGAGGCCCUGAGGAUAGCGCAGCAAACGACACCCAGGAAAAAGGUUCUUCCCUAUUACUGGUACAAGUACCAGGAUCAGAGGGACGCGUAUUUGAAUAAGGCUGAUCUCGAGGCCACUCUUCGGAAGAUCUCGGAUCUCGGUGCCGACGGUCUCAUCAUUUGGGGAAGCUCUAACGAUAUCAACACCAAGGAGAAGUGCCAGCGGUUCAGCGAGUACCUGAACAACGAUCUGGGCCCCGUCGUCGAUCGCGUCAGGCAAACUGCUCUGAGCUUGACCCGAUACGACGGCCAUGCUGCGGACAAUCGAGUGGCCGUCGUCGUCGAUCAAGUUUGACAGAACGCGGAGAUUAGGAUCUUGUUAGAGAAAUGCGACGGGGGUCUUUAGUUUCUAAUUCUUACGUGUACGAUUAUCAUACAUGACGCGCGUGGAACAGUUCGACCUUCGAUGGAGAAAGACGCUGGACGCGAGGUGUAUCGCUGAAACCAAAGACGACUAGACGAGACGUUGCUUUGCAGGGUCACACGACGCGGUGUUGAGCAACGAUCGAAAUAAAUUUCCUACGAAAU